AUGUAUUUGCCGCGAUCUGGCGUCGACGUCUGGCAAGCUUAUGUCAACGAACUGAAUACACUCACAGAUUCUACAAGAUGGAGAGUACCAUCCACCAGGCCAGAGACAGAUAAUAUCCUACAAACGCCGUUACCUGCAAAAAAUCAAGCGUUGAAGUACGUUAAAGGCUCAUACAAAUCCCACUCCGGCACCACUUCUUCCAGUGUGAGCAGCUUAGAAGAUCACGGCUCUAAACCACAGGUUUCUGUUGACUCCCCUGCGCAGAACAGUCUUAUCUUCAUGGACCCGGCCAGCCAGCGCCACCGUUUGGGGCACCGCUCUGAUUCACAUGCAAGCGCAUCUUCGAGAAGAGGAGCAUCAUCGCACAGUCGUGAGGUUCAGCUUCAGGACGCUAACACAAUAACAGCUGCGUCCCAGCAUGAGCUUCGAGUAGUAGACGACGAUGUGAUCAAUUUCAAUUUCGAGGAAGAGGCUCAAUGGCAGAACCUUUACCAUCCGCCUCUUGACACCACCAACCUGAACCAGAUGAGCCAGCUGCCGUCUACCAGCUUUGAAGAUGUUAAUAUGUUCAACGCUCCGACCGUUCGAAAUGAGCCACAACUCCCCAGGCAGAGUACCACAAGCUCAAUCUCAGCGCAAUCACAAGGCGGACAGUUCAAGUCAUGGCAGCAUACGCGAAUCCUGGCGCCGAUGAUACAAACGGACCGCACCAAUCAGCAGCUUCUCCGUCGCUGUAUUGACUUGAUGAAAACUAUUCCUAAUUUACAGCAGGGGGCUGAAAGGGAACGAUCACCUGUGAUGAAUAACACGGACUCGCAGGAACGGCGAGUGACCUCGAGCUCCAGUCCUGAGGCUGGUCUGCCGGACAUUAGCAUCGCGCCAGACCCAUUUGACCAGGUUGCUCCAUCGAGAGGAGGGCACCGGCCUGCUCGUGGCGGUUCAAGGAUCGCAACCAUGGGUCCUAUCCAUGCUGGCCACGAUGAGGCAGCCAUGAACCACAUGAUGGCAGAGAGACGCCGCAGAGUGAAACAAAAGGAAAAUUUCUCCGCUUUGAGGAAAUUGGUGCCCAUCAUUUCCAAGGCAGACAAAGCUUCCAUACUUGGGGAUGCCAUUGUCUACCUCAAGGACUUGCAGAGACAAAUUGAAGAAUUGAAAGAAAGCACGGCUGAGACUGAGAGAAGGUAUGAGGAUUUGAAGAUAUCUUACCAAAGCUUGGAGCAACGCAACAAGGAGCUGGAAUUACUUGCAGGGGGCGCCAACAUGCGGCCGGCAAGGUUACAUUCCAUGCAAUCCUUUUGAAUCACAUAAUUCUUUAAUCCGCUUGUACAUCCUAUUUCCACAGCAAUAUUGAUUUUGCGUCUGGAUAUUGAAUGACUCCAAAUUAGUAAGUGGGUCGGUAAAGUAGCAUUGGAAGUCCCGGGGAUAACCUUUCCUUGAAGUCCGCCUUCGAGGAGUUUACCUGUAGAGACGGUUAGGACAAGAGAAGUUAAGUUUGCCAGAGUAUGACAUGAGAGAAAAUAGAUAGAAUUUACCUUGAGAGUAAUGUGUGCAGGUGGCAAAUUUGCAAUCAAUUUUGUACAGACUUCAGGUCAACUAGUUACUUUUAAUUUAGCCUGAAAGUUGAGAUCCUCUCCCCAUUCUGUGAAACUGUUUUUCUACAUACUGUACUAGUAAUGUAUGAAGUUGCUGAACAUUACUAAUGUCA